GAAUGUGGACUUUUUCUAAUUAUAAGUGAGGUAUUAAUAUUAGAGAGGUUUAGCUUAAUAAAUUACUUUGGCCAUAUACUCAUAUAUGUAGCAUUAAUUAGCAUACAUAAUGGACACAAUUAGGGAUUCUUCACCCUUUUUCACAUAAUUAAGAUUUCUUGUAACUUUGGAUUUUCUUGAAACUUCCCCCCACCUUAACUAACUCAACAAGCAUUCUCUCUCCUCUUCCUACAAAAAGCCAAGAUUUUGACAGAAAUUUUAUUAUUGGCAAAAGCCUACUCUUACUUAUGUCAUCUUCUUCUCCCCUAUAUAUAUACACAUAUAAACACCUUCACUAAACAUUAUUAUAUUUCAUAUAAUAUUUCCUCUAUUAUUAUUUGGACCUCUCUUUCUCUUUUUUCUUCUUCUCAAUCUUUGCUUAAUUUUUAUUCAUUCAUUAAAUGUUCCCUAAUUAUAAUUAGCUAGUUCUUGAUAUAUAUUCAAGGAGAGUAAUUAAGAUAAUUAAGGUGUGAUUAGAGAGUAAAAAAAUAUUAUAUUAUGGGUUUAAGAGACAUUGGAGCUUCACUUCCACCAGGGUUUAGAUUUUAUCCAAGUGAUGAAGAAUUAGUUUGUCAUUAUCUUCAUAAAAAGAUUGCUAAUGAAGAAGCUCUUAAAGGAACUUUGGUUGAAAUUGACUUACAUACUUGUGAGCCAUGGCAACUUCCUGAGGUGGCAAAGCUUAACACUACAGAGUGGUACUUCUUUAGCUUUCGUGAUCGUAAGUAUGCCACGGGGUUCCGGACUAAUAGGGCAACGACAUCUGGCUAUUGGAAAGCGACGGGUAAAGAUCGGGUCAUACUUGACCCGAGGACCCGGGAGAUUGUAGGAAUGAGGAAGACUCUUGUGUUCUAUAAAAAUCGAGCUCCAAAUGGAAUUAAAACGGGUUGGAUCAUGCAUGAGUUUCGAUUGGAGAGUCCACAUAUGCCUCCUAAGGAAGACUGGGUGUUAUGUAGAGUUUUCCACAAGAGCAAGGCUGAAGAAAACAACAAUAACCAAUGCCAACACAUGCAUGAUCAUUUCACAGCUAGCACUUCUUCACCACCUACUUGUUAUACAUGCCAACAAACCAACAACUCAUUUUCUUCAAAUAAUCCCACUCUUUCUCAAGAACCAAUAAUUAGCCAUAUUAAUCCAAACCUUAAUAAUGUUUUAAGCAAUAAUAAUUACUCGCCGACGUCGUUAAACCCUAAUACUAAUCUCUUGCACCUUCUCAAAGAGGGCAACUCAAGCUACUCUUGGAGUGAUUUGGUUAGUGCAAGUGUUAAAAAUGAUGAUGAUUAUGGAUUUUUAUGGGAUAUUACUAUGGAAGAUCAAACUAUUAGUAAGUUGGGUGAAGGAAGUUUACAUGUUCCUCCUAAUUGUCUUCCUCAACUUGAAUUUGAUCAAGAUGAUUGUGGCACUGUUUUCUUCUGAUAUAUUAUUAUCAUUUGCCAACUGACUAAAAUAGGUGGAAAAACAAAAGAAAAGAAAAGAGGAUACAUUUUGGAGAAGACAAAAAAAGUACACCACUAUUUUGUUUGUUAAUUGUUUGUGUAUGUUUAUGUGAAUUAAGUUUGGUGUACUUAUGGACAGCUUAUUGUUUUUGUUUAGACAUUAAAGGAUAUAAUUUAUGUUAUACUAGCAUUAUUAUGUAUAGGAUUUAGGUUUGUGGUCUAUAUAAUGCAUAUAUAUAGUAAUGUUCAUUGUAAAAAUCACACAUGCAUGUACUUUUACUUCAUGUUUGAAUCCAUAUAUUAUAAGCCUUUUUUCUAGUA